CGAGAAGUCAGUCGUGGUCGUGCGGCGUCAGUAACGCGCGCACCGACUGUUCGCGCGCUCGCCUCCGCGCACGCGCACACCGGACGAUGCGACGCGAAACUUUCAAAAUAUUCCGCCAAUUACCUGUCUUAUAUCAGUGAACGUUUUUACUAGAAAUCAACACGUAACUAACAACAUGGAACACAAAACAGAGAAACUACCAUAUCCAACGGCCGUAGGAUUCAUAGUCACCAACGAGUUAUGUGAAAGAUUCUCUUUCUAUGGCAUGAAAGCGAUCCUGUCGCUGUACCUCCGCGACAAGUUGGGGUACAGCGACGACGGAGCCACGAUCAUCUACCACGUGUUCACGAUGUUCGCCUACUUCUUCCCGCUGCUGGGCGCCAUGAUUGCGGACGGCUGGUUGGGCCGGUUCAGAACAAUAUUAUACCUGUCAAUGGUAUAUGCUUUCGGCAGCAUCCUGAUAUCGGUGACAGCCAUGCCUCCAGUAAAAAUACCUCAGUUAGAGUUCUCAAUACUAGCGUUGCUGUUGAUCGCGUUCGGUACGGGCGGCAUCAAGCCGUGCGUGUCCGCGUUCGGCGGUGACCAGUUCAAGCUGCCAGAACAGGAGAAGUACCUGGGCUACUUCUUCAGUCUGUUCUACGCGGCUAUCAACGCUGGAAGCUUGGUUUCUACGUUCCUCACGCCAAUACUGCGCGCCGAUGUGCACUGCUUUGGCGACAAUGACUGCUACUCGCUGGCGUUCGGAGUGCCCGGCGUGCUUAUGGUGAUUUCGAUAGUAAUUUUUGUUGCGGGUAGAAGACGAUAUAUAGUAAAAAAUCCCGCCGGUAACAUAAUAGGACAAGUUGGUGCGUGUAUAGGUCACGGCAUCGUGAAGUCGGCUAAGAGUAAGGAGAAGCGUGAACAUUGGCUGGACCACGCGCAAGAAAAGUUCGGACCGGCGCUGGUCGAGGACGUCAAGGGGCUGCUCCGAGUGCUCGUGCUGUUCACGCCCGUGCCUAUCUUCUGGGCCUUGUUCGACCAACAGGGGUCGAGAUGGACGUUCCAAGCGGACAGGAUGCGACAAGACAUCGGCAACUGGGAGCUCAAGGCGGACCAAAUGCAAGUGCUAAACCCCUUGCUUAUACUUAUCUUCAUCCCAAUCUUCCAAGUUGCAAUAUACCCUUUCAUGACUUGGUGCAAACUUAUAAGUAAACCCCUUCACAAAAUGAUAUGGGGAGGACUCUUGGCAGCUGCAGCCUUCGUCAUCUCCGGUAUUGUGGAGUUGAGCCUUCUGCCAACAUAUGGUACACCUAUAGCAGCUGGGCUGGCACAAUUAAGAGUGUACAACGGAUUCAACUGCAAUUUAACACUAAGUGUCCUCCAUGAAAAUAACUUAGGAGAAUUCCAUGUCCCACCGCUAUCCGUAUACGAGAAACUGAAUAUUAAAACGGAUAAUUUCAUAGACCUUCCUUACUCACUGCAAGGAAACCCAAACACAGAGUGUGCUGGCGUACAUUACAACGGGACAUUUAGUUUAGAACAAAAAACCGCUAAGUCCUUCUUUGUUAGUAGCGAGGGCGUCUACAACUUUACGGAUGACAAUGAAAAAGUAAUUGGAGGAGUCGGUGUAAGGUUUUUAUCGAAUAUUAGAAGUAUCUCUGAAAUAUCAAUAGUAGAUGUAAAGAAAAACAAAACGAAAUUAAGUCUAAAAAGUAAUUAUAAGGAUAAGAAAGUAAUAGAGAGAGGCUCGUACGACGUGGUCGUGGGCGGCCAGACAGUGCUGACCGACUAUUCAUUCCAAACUGGAGGCGUGUACACAAUCAAUGUGUAUGAAGAUUCUAAUGGAAAUUACGUUGCGGACGGCGUGACGAUCACGCCGCCGAACGGCGUUCACAUCCUAUGGCUGAUCCCACAAUACGUCGUGAUCACGAUGGCCGAGGUGAUGUUCUCGGUGACCGGGCUGGAGUUCUCGUUCACCCAAGCGCCGGCUAGCAUGAAGUCCGUGCUGCAAGCCGUGUGGCUGCUCACUGUCGCCAUCGGCAACUUGAUCGUGGUGCUCAUUGUUGAGGGGAACUUCUUGGACGCUCAGUGGAAGGAGUUCUUCCUAUUCGCGGGGCUGAUGGUACUGGACAUCCUCAUCUUCAUGGCUAUGGCGUUCCGCUACCGGUACGUGGAACUCCGCUCGAGCGCCGAGAACCUGGCCGUCGAGGAAAUCAAGAUGCCCCCCAGGACGGAUGGGAACAAAGACACUAAACAAAACUGAUGCUGCUAGGAUAAACUGUAUGUUAAUUUAAUAUAUGUUUUGUUAACCA